AUGAUGGACAGGAUAAGAAAAGAGAUGAUUCUGAUGGAAAGGGGUCUGCACAGCCCAGUUUCUGGCAAAAGACUCUCAGAAUCUGGAAAUUCGGUAUUGGAGGCCCUUGAAAAUUCUCAGCACAGUGGUCGACUAAGCCCGAGAAUAACUUCCGCUUCUCUUCAUGGAAGUCUCGGGGAUAUUCCAACCAAAGGCAAGUUCGAAAUCGACAGUCUCUUCGGUAACCAUCAUAACAGCGAAAAUACGUCUUCAGCGGAGAUUUCAUCCUCAGAAAGCCGUAAGAAAAUUAGCUUAUAUCCAGAAGUUUCUCAAGAUUCCGACAUCAACAGUGAUGUGGAAGUGGGAUGUCCAUCGCAUCGCUCCCCGAGCCAACACAAGGAAAACAAUAACAAAGGGUUUUCUGACAACAUGUCUGGAGGGUCCAAUACAAGUUCAUCUUCGCUUUCCAAUCUUAACGGUAAUUCUAUGGGAGGCCCAAACUGUUCUAAUGCGGAUCAAGUCAGAAGAUAUCGGACUGCUUUCACCAGAGAACAAAUAGGACGACUGGAGAAAGAAUUUUACAGGGAAAAUUAUGUCUCGAGGCCAAGAAGAUGCGAACUGGCUGCAGCACUGAAUCUACCUGAGACUACUAUUAAGGUCUGGUUCCAGAACAGACGGAUGAAGGAUAAGAGGCAACGUUUGGCGAUGUCUUGGCCCCAUCCAGCAGACCCAAGCUUUUACACCUACAUGAUGACGCACGCAGCAGCCACCGGAAGUCUACCAUACCCUUUCCAUUCUCACAUGCCUCUGCACUAUUACCCGCAUGUUGGUGUCACAGCAGCAGCCGCUGCCGCAGCUGCGUCUGGUGCGGCGUCGUCACCUUUCGCCACCUCUAUCCGCCCCCUUGAUACUUUCCGUGCACUCUCUCAUCCUUACUCUCGACCAGAACUUCUCUGUAGCUUCAGGCACCCAGGACUUUAUCAAUCACCCGCGGGCCUCAAUAGUUCUGCGGCAGCAUCAGCGGCAGCGGCAGCAGCGGCGGCGGCGGCAGCGGUCAGCGCGCCAUCAGCCGCUGGGCCUUGUUCAUGUCUCAGUUGUCAUAGCAGUCAGGCAGCAAGUGCUCUAGGCUCCAGAAAUGCUAAUGCUGACUUCACCUGCACUGCGUCCGGGCAAAGAUCCGAGAGUGGAUUUUUGCCUUAUUCUGCCGCUGUUCUCAGCAAAACCUCAGUACCAUCCCCAGAUCAUAGAGAAGAGACUUCGCUCAACAGAUAA